AUGGCGCAAAUAGAUGAUACUGACUGGAAAAUGCCAAUUAAUCCGGACGUGUUCCUGUUGUAUCCGCAGGCUUUUGCUCUGCACGUGGUCGUUCGGAAUUAUCGGGAGAAUGGUUUGGUUCAUGAGGUAAGCGCAGAUUCACUUUCAAAUUAAUGACCGUGUGAUUGUCUCGAGAGCAUUUCGUAGUGAAUCGGUUUGUAUUACAUUGCGUUCCGUGGGAAGGAUCGAGUGCGCGCUCUUGUUCCUAAGUGCAAGCGCAAUGUUUGCAUUGAAGUUAAAUUAAGCCGAAGCCGGAUAUUGCAAUCCUUAGAGGGGAAAUUGGCCGAGGCUGAAACGGAGUAGGCAACCUGAUGCAUGAUAACCUUGUCGCGAUAUUGAAGGAAGCCUGGAAUCCCCGCAGAAGACAUGCCUGACAGGAAAAAUUGGGCAGCAAUAUCCCAUAUCAAGGUGUAAUUCUAACCGCAAUCUCAGAAGCAAACCUUAUCCUUAAUUUUAUUAUAAUCCUAAUGCUAUUCCCAAUCCCUAACCUACCACAAACCCUAGCCUAAUCUUAGGCGUAAACUUAACCCUGGACCAAAUCCUAACAUUUACCCUAGCCUUAGCUUUAAACCUGAGGUGAGGAGAUGGUCAACCGCUGAUAACUGAAUUCAGAAUUCUGGUAAAUACUCGAAUUUAAGAAUCCGUGACAAAUAUAGGCACAUGUGCCAGGAAAGUAGGCUGGUUGAGCCUCUAAACGUUGGAAAUGCAUUUAGCGAGACGAAGUCCCUGGAUAACUGACAUAUAUUUUGUGCAUUUAAGGAUUUUUCUUGUGAUUUUAUCGGCACCGGGAUCAGACAUCUUACAAAGAGCAUUCCUAGGCUUCUCAGUACGCUUCAUUUUGUUAACAAUAGCACCACCAAACACAAUUCACUCGACGUAUUCUUUGUAAUCGUCUCUGCGACAAAAUUCUUUUUAAUUCAUUCAGAACCUUCUUGCCCGUUUGCAGCCUCCCGUCAACGGCCCCAGCAUGCACUUUCUCAAAGCGAGCACUUCGGUUUGUUCACCAGAGAGAGAUGACGUCGCUGACCGCAAACACAACCACGACCUCGUCGUCAUUGUGAAAUCAGCCGUCUACAACUUCGAGGACAGACAAGCCUUUCGCAGAUUCUACGCCCAUCUGAGAAAUGCGAGCAGGGUUAAACGACCUUAUCGUAUAGGAAUAGUGUUCAUGGUGGGCCUGCCCACAAGGACAAGCAACAAUUCCUUCCAACGUGAUGGUUUCAUCAUCUCACUGGCCGGUCGCGCCGGCAACUCGCUCGUCAACAUUGGAAACCGCCGCGCCCAGAUUCGAAGUCGCCUAGAGCAGGAGAUGCGUGAACACGAUGAUCUCAUCGUGGGCGACUUUGAAGACACCUACUACAAUCUGUCUGUGAAGAUGCAUCACACAUUCGUGUGGGCGGCCAGGUUCUGUCGCGAACGUCCUGCCUUCAUGUUCCUCGACGAUGACAUUGGUUUCAAUGAGAAGCGCCUGCAGGCCGUUCUGUCCAGUCUGCCGGUGGAUUGGCGGCGCAGAGUUUCCAUUUCGAGUACUCGCUGGAAUAGUCCCACAGUGCGUCCCACGGACACUCCGGCCGUCCGAAAAUGGGCACUGUCGAAGCGGGAGGUUCCGUGACCAGUGCAUGCGCCCUACAGCAAUGGAUACUUCUACAUGUUUGGUUACGAUCACGUUGCGGAUCUGGCUUUGGCCAUGUUCUACACUAAGUGCAUUCCCAUUGACGAUGCGUGGUUGGGUCUGGUGAUGCAUAGGAUUGGUCUUCAGUUCGAGUUGCCAGCUGGGAUCGUGUACUCCUUGAAACAUCAGGAAAAUGUCACCGGCUAUAUCGCCUUGCCCCUCGAAUCUCUCCUGGGCGCAUACACGCGAGGACAACUGUAAUGGAAUAUCGGUAUUGUGAUAUUCGUAUCCAUGGCUUGCAAGCAAAAUCACCCCUCACAAAACCCAUGCACAUCGUGUGUGUGUCCAUACGACAUUUAGUGAUUAUGCGGAGUGUGAAAUGGCUUUGCCUAACUGAUAUUCUAUACUAUAUAGCAAUUCCUACUAUGCCUAAUUUAGAUCUGUAUAUUGCAUUGGGUCCUGUGUGUUUAUAUUUUGUAAAAUUAAAUAUUUAUGAAUACUAUUUAAAUGUGGUCAUUUCCUCGCAACUGCUGCACGAUGAGAGGAAAAUUUGUAUUCACGACAUCCACUGUAUUUUCUUCAUUUGUCAUUCAUCUGUCGCAUUCAGGCCAGGGAUUUUACUGGUACUUUGACCUAUUGUAUUCUUUUUAUUGCAAAUCGUCUGAACUACCGUGUGUUAUCUUCGUCUUCAUCCGAGUUAAUUCCGUUUGUCUCGGCAUUUCAUGACCUUUAUUAUAUGAUUGGCAUCGGCUGAACCGUCGUGGCGUCAGGGCUGUGAUCACCUGUGGCGACCUGUGUUGGUGGUGAUGGUGGUGGUCGAUGUCGUGAAGAUUGGUGCAGGGAUGACGAAGAACUCAGUCCUGCUUCAUUCCAUUGGUCUUCGGGAAGGCCCCUCAAUCGGUCCCAUUGCCCGUGACGCGCGCGCCAUCAUCCUGUCAACGAUCCGAGGCAUCAUUUACGGGAGUCGCUACGGGCAGUCAAAGUUCUGCAAUUCACUGUGUAUGAUGUUUUAGUCAAAUCCCUCUAAGUGGUGCCGAUUUGGUUCCACAUUUCCUAACAUGCUACCCAAGGUUACCGGGCGGGGAAAGUCAAGGCGAUUGUUCUGAGGUAUCAUCUGAAGACACACUGGUUUUCGGGUAGACGUCGGUGUUCCUGAUAUCCGCUGAAAAGUUCGCGUCACUGAACUCCUUGGUAAAUUGCUCUUUGUGUUCUUUGUUCCUUGUGUUCUUUCAGAAUAUCGUCGUAAGUUUACUAAUCACAUGAGGUAGCUAGUCUUGUAGACUAUAGCUCAGAUGGCGUAAGAUGCCGGUACUUUCCCGAUUUGAAUCCGUUGCACGACUUUGAUGGCUUCUGUAAGGAAAGAAGCAGUGUCUGGAUCCGGAGCCGAUUUUGCCUCAUUGCUUUCAACGUACCUUUGGGGUUCCUCGAACUUCUUAUCCAUUAAGGCAUCAUGCCUCUAACACAGCCACUGCUGCACAAGACGGUGAUAUCUGAAGAAGGCCACCAUUUGCUUCGGUACGACAGUCUGUCCUUCUAGACGAGUAGGUAGGCGGGGCAAUGGUACUUGCAGUCGUUGACGUCACAGAUCAUUUUGAGCAUUAACACUUUCUGCCGAUCUAGCCCCCUCCCCCGGGAGGAGAAUGCAACCCAGCUGCUGUCAACGCCGCGGUGUUGAUGGAGCACCGAGGUUGCAGCCUCCUUCGUUGAAUAAGAGAAAAAUGUGCUGGGUUAGAGGAGACAGUGUUCCGCGCAGGUUCGCCGAAGGAGGAGGCCGUUUUUGUUGGAGCCGCCGCGUUUGGAGCAUUCUUCCGGUCUUUUUGACGUAUUUACUUUGUCCGCAACUGCGCCAGAUCCGAUAAACGACUCCAGACGUUUCUUUUCGUGGCAGAGGGUCUUUUAGUCUCAUAGUCUGAAGUCUGAUGGUUGCCUCUGGUCUGUGUGCAACUCCAACCCCUUGUGGCGAGAGAAGGCGGCUAACAGCCUUCUAAACUUUCUUCGCAUACGGAGGCGCUCGCCAAAAUUUGGGGUCCGUUUGGUUUGGCCUUUCAUGAUUCGGGCUUGAGAAAUGAUUCACCAACCCCCAGUUUAUUAACAAAAGCAGUGAUAUGCCCCUUCUGUAUUCGGUGCAGAGACUUCGCCUAGACAGAGAAAUUAGCCAAACCGGGAGCGUACGUGUGAACACUGUUCCCAACGCCAGGGUCGGUGGGUCAGAUGGUCCAGAAAUCACCACACCAACAUCAAACGCACGCGAUGAAAUUGCAGCAUUUCACGGCGCGAAUGUCGGCCACCAAGCAGUCAUAGCACCACGUGCAACGAUCCCUGAUGAAGGGGGAGCCGUGGCUAUUCAUUGGCAUGCGGUAGCAUGGCGACUGCAUCCUAUAAAUACUUCAGCCCCCUGUGCAUGAAGCACCCGUGUCUGCUUUUCUCUCUGAUGAUGGGUUUGGACAGGAAUCCGAAACGUCAGGCGAACAAAGUUCUUGUCCCAACGCUAGUAUCAUCUUCCUUUUCCGAAAUGUGAAAAAAAAGUAGAAUUACAUAGAAAACUUACUAGUGCGCUUGGAAUAUGAGCAGUAAGGAAGUCCAAACAUUUCAAUAACUAUCCGAAAGCGGUAGUCAAGGAAAUUCAGGUAUGCGAAUAAACCGCGCUCAACCGAGAAACGAAAGCUUAGGUCCCAAGAAAAAUUGCAGCCAAUGGUAAUUGGCCACAGGCGUUUCUCGAAAGUGCAAAUAAUGCGGAUUGAGGACUAUACCAGGAGACGCAAUAACUGUCAGGAAUCCGCAAAAAAUGCAAGACGGGGAGCAAGGAGGAUAGAUAGCAAGGUAAGAUAAAUGACAGAAGGAGUAAAUAGAAAAGGCAAGUAUAUUAAUGCAAAGUGACAUUGCAUGCAAAUAGAUAUAUAGGUAUAUGUAAUUAAAAUAAGUUAUGGUGUAUAGCGAAGAUUUCAGCACGUAAAACAAAUACUCAACCUGAAUUUUGAAACACAUGAAGUCAGUUUGUCGAGUGAGUUCCGUAGGAACGAUCAGUGAGCGCCCCCUACCAUUAUAUAUAAAAAUCAAUAUCUAUAAGUAGAUGGUAGUUUCAAUUGUAGGAAUUGACUGUACACAGUAAACUGAUUUUAUUUUUUAAACGCAGAUCACACCCUGAACAAACUGUAAAACGCAGACAACCUCAGUGGGACAUAUCAACAGAAGUUGACGAGAUGAUGGGAAUGCUGAACUGCGAUAAGCUGCUGCAAUAUUGCCAAGACUGAGGACUACUGCCCAAAAGUUGAAAAUGUUAAUGCUGCUAGAAAAUGCGAUGGCAUAUCCUCAGGAAACACACUGACGGUUUAGAUUUCAUAUGUUACCGUUGCUGUAUUACCGAGGCACUGCGAACAGGUUCAAGGAUUGAGGGCACCAACCUAACAUUGAGCACUGCACAUUUCACCGCAAACCAGGACAGUUAUUGUGAGGACGCGACGACAGGCUGACAUACCUACGCAUGUGAAAAGUAUUGGAGUCGCCUGAAAAUAAGAUUACAUAAAGGCGUUUCUGUGUCAGACCGAGCUCUCUGGACCCAUAAUUGACGCGAUGCAGUAUCGUCUGUGGUCUGGACUAAACAUCGUCAGCCCAAAACAAUCACGGGAAACCUUCCUGUCCCACAUUGCAGAGGUUUACUCCGAGAAGCUGCCAAACAAUUGAUAAGCCAGGUGUAACUGGUUCACAGCAGCCAAUUGUCUCAGCUCGGUGAAUUUUUGGUUAGGGACGUUGAACUUCCAACCAACAGGUUGCGGGAUCGAGUCCCAGGUGUUCCACACUUCAGGGUUAUGUGUGAUUGGUUGAUGACGGCUAAUAAGCCAGAAAUGGCUAUUCCAUUCUCCCUUGUCUUUGUAGGUAAUGUCAUUCUGCCUGUAUCAUGCGCCCAUGCGCGGUUGCUGGUCUGGCUCGAGAGAAAGCCCGUAAGGCAUAACGGAAUUCCGUAGAAAUAAUCGCUGACCGCCCCCGUACCAAUCUCAAAAUACUCAGUCAGUGAUAUGCCGUUGACUGCGGACAAAGCUUUCGCAUGAAACCUAACACGUCCGGGCGAGGAGCGCAAUAACGAGCCUAUAUGGGCAUUCAUGCAGGGCCUGGCUCUCGGGGUGAUUGUUUGCAAGGUCAAUAGUACAGGCCGGUGAACGUAGACCAGGUCUAUGUGGUACACGAUAAAAGUACCAUAACAACACCUACUUAAGUACUUGCAGUAGCCAGUCUUGUAUACUAUUUUAUCUGCCCCGGACACAACCCAUAACCUUCUGCUUUUUGACAUUGUGGAAGUAAGCGGGCGGGAAUGUGAGCAUAACUGCAGGAUGCAGGGACAAACGCAGUGCAGAAUACCCGCAUUUAGCUUAGUCCGCCAAUCAAGGCGUUAACCGGGAUGGCGCUGCUAUGCAGAGCCUAGCUUCGGGGGUCACAAAGGCGGGUUUGGUAUCCAUUGAGGGCCGUAUAGAGAAGUCGCCAGUUGCAUGAUACGACCCAUCACACCUGCACGGUUUACCUUAUAUUCCUACACGCUUCCACCCCACCUAGUCCUUAUAACCCAAUUCGGCGGCCCACAACAUCAAUAGAAUGAGAAGAGCUGUCUAGUCGAUGUUAGUAGCAAGGGAUGAUUGCAUUUUUAGUCAUGAUCGCGCAGCCGACUGGCGUAUUAAAAAAAUAGUAAACCCGACUCUGGGUGCACUCCAUCUCCGCGACACUUUAUUACAUUCUUUAUCGCAAUAAAUCCGACGCGUGUUGAAACCGUCAAGAUGCGCUAGGUGCCAACUGAGGAGAAAUCUCGGUCCUCGUGGCCAGUGCUAUGAGUUUAUGUAUGGUUACUGAUUGAUAGACCGGGAGCAAUUCCUAAUGAGUUCCUAUCGUGUUGCCCAUAAUUAAGUCCCACCCAGGGGAGUUCACGAUCACUCCACUUGUUCAGUAAAAAUUGGAACGUGUGUGGCACGGGAAAUAGGAGUGUUUAGAUUUUGGAUAAUGAUGAUGGUCGUGGUGAUGAUGAUGAUGAUGAUGACGAUGAUGAUGAUGAUGAUGAUGAUGAUGAUGAUGAUGAUGAUGAUGAUGAUGAUGAUGAUGAUGAUGAUGAUGAUUGA